GCCGCCCCAUGCGCGGUCGCCGCUGAGCCGCGGCCCCGGCCCCGCUCGCUCGGGCCGCCCCGGGGCUCUCGCCGCUCGCCCUCCGCGCCCUCCGCCCCGCAGCAGGCGCCGGGCCCUUGGAUGCCGCCGAGAUGGGCAAGGUGCUAUCCAAGAUCUUCGGCAACAAGGAGAUGCGGAUCCUGAUGCUGGGGCUGGACGCGGCCGGCAAAACCACCAUCCUGUACAAACUGAAGCUGGGCCAGUCCGUCACCACCAUCCCCACCGUGGGCUUCAACGUGGAGACGGUCACUUACAAAAACGUCAAGUUCAACGUGUGGGAUGUGGGGGGGCAGGACAAGAUCCGGCCCCUCUGGAGGCACUACUACACGGGCACGCAGGGCUUGAUCUUCGUGGUGGACUGCGCCGAUCGCGACCGCAUCGACGAGGCCCGCCAGGAGCUGCACCGCAUCAUCAACGACAGGGAGAUGCGGGACGCCAUCAUCCUCAUCUUCGCCAACAAGCAGGACCUGCCCGAUGCCAUGAAACCCCACGAAAUCCAGGAGAAACUGGGCCUGACCCGGAUCAGGGAUAGGAAUUGGUACGUGCAGCCCUCCUGUGCUACGACAGGGGACGGACUCUACGAAGGGCUGACAUGGUUAACGUCCAAUUAUAAAUCCUAAUGAGAGAGUAACUAUUUAGUCUACAAAGAAUUAAAGAGGAAAAGAGAAAAAAAAAAAAAAUAAUAACCCA